AUGAGUCGAGAAGCCAUCAACGUGCAUCACUUGAUGGUAUCUGCAGAUGAUCAUUUGGGCGAUACACUAAAUGUACUGUAUGGUCAGCUCGUCUUAUGCAACUGUCACCUGUUCUAUUACCUUGGCCAUAUCCAGUACCUGAAUCCCUCCCAAGGAAACAGUAUUGCACCGUUGGUACAAGACAUCCGGCCGAACCGGGCCUGGGGCCUGAGAAACGACAUUUGUGCCUCAGGCAUAAAAGCCAUACGCCAAGCCCCGAUUAUCAUCAAAAAGUUCGCCAGGAAACGAUACAGGUACGAUUCCACCAGACGAACUGUACGAGGACCUGACGAUACUGCACCAGCCAUGAUUGUUCGACAGCUAUGUGUGCGGCAGAGCCGCCAGCUUCUGGCCCUCAAUCGGGCUCGCGUUUUCAGUCGAUUCAAUUCAAUCGAUGCACCCGUUAAGACAGAGGUUCAAACGCCUUCUCGCUCGCCGUCAGCAGAGGCUGAGGGUGUCCGUCCAGUUGAGGGUGCUACUCAGGUCGAGGGCCUUCAGUCCGAGAAUACCGUCCAAGCGGAGAUCAUUCAGGUCGAGAGUAUCCAAACUGAGGCCACCAGUCAACCGGGAAAUAAUACUCAGCCAAUCUUGGAGUCUGCAAGGGCUGCCUGGAGGAAGAAAACGGUGCAAAAACAUAAAUUCCACGGACUCGGCAGUGCUGUGCAGAAGGAAUACAAUCCUGAAGAUAUCCUCCGCUACCCCCCUCAACCAUCUGAUAUUACGCUUGAGCUGCUCCUAGCGUCCCAAACACACCUCGGACAUUCUACCUCUCGAUGGAAUCCACAAAAUUCCCGAUACAUCUUCGGUAUUCGAGACGGCAUCCAUAUAAUCUCCCUGGACGUGACGGCCGCCUACCUCCGACGCGCGGCAAAGGUUGUCGAAGAAGUCGCAGCGAGAGGCGGUCUGAUCCUCUUCGUCGGCACGAGAGACGGCCAGAAACGCGCCGUCGUCAGGGCCGCCGAAUUGGCUAAGGGCUAUCACGUCUUCGAGCGCUGGAUCCCCGGUAGUCUUACGAACGGACAACAGAUCCUGGGUCGUUGCCAGACUAAAGUCGUGAAUGCCUUCGAUGAGGAACUUCCACACUACCAGGGGAACCUGGCGGACCGGGCGGCCAUCAAACCGGAUCUCGUCGUCUGCUUUAACCCCAUUGAGAAUGCCGUCUUGCUGCACGAGUGUGGUCUCAACAAUGUUCCCACGAUUGGCAUCAUUGAUACCGAUGCUGAUCCGACAAGAGUCACAUAUCCCAUUCCCGCAAACGACGACAGUCUGCGUGGCGUCAGCGUCAUUGCCGGUAUUCUGGGUAAUGCGGGAGCGGCAGGCCAGCGGAGAAGAUUGGAAGCAGCAAGGAAUGGUGUCUUGUCAUACGAACCCAUUACAAUGCGUGCGGAUGUAUGUGCGUAG